GGUGCCGGUCAAGGAGAGGAGGAGGCCGCAGCUGGAGCGGAGGACGGGCCGGCUGUUUGUUGUCAUCCCAAGAUGGAGUUUCUGCUGGGGAAUCCGUUCAGCACCCCGGUGGGGCAGAGCCUGGAAAAGGCGACUGAUGGCUCCUUGCAGAGUGAGGAUUGGACACUUAACAUGGAGAUCUGUGACAUUAUCAACGAGACGGAAGAAGGUCCAAAGGAUGCUAUCCGAGCACUGAAGAAGAGGCUGAAUGGAAACAGAAAUUACAGAGAGGUGAUGCUGGCUCUAACGGUAUUGGAGACCUGUGUGAAAAACUGUGGCCAUCGCUUCCAUGUACUAGUGGCAAACCGAGACUUCAUAGAUGGUGUUCUGGUGAAAAUCAUCUCGCCCAAGAACAAUCCUCCCACCAUUGUACAGGAUAAAGUACUAGCCCUGAUUCAGGCUUGGGCAGAUGCAUUUCGAAGUAGCCCCGAUCUAACUGGAGUAGUGCAUAUUUAUGAAGAACUCAAAAGGAAAGGGAUAGAGUUUCCUAUGGCAGAUCUUGAUGCUUUGUCUCCAAUCCACACACCACAGAGGAGUGUUCCUGAAGUAGAUCCAGCAGCAAAUAUGCAUGUGUCCCAGUCCCAGCAAAAGACGAGCACGAGUUCCUAUUCAUCCCCAUCUCCUACUGCAUAUCCAGCUCCUCAGACCCCAUCUCUGAAUGUGACUGGUCCCAUCACUGCCAAUUCUGAGCAGAUCGCCCGGCUGCGUAGUGAACUGGAUAUUGUUCGUGGGAACACAAACGUGAUGUCUGAAAUGUUAACAGAAAUGGUUCCUGGACAGGAGGAUUCAUCGGACCUUGAGUUACUACAGGAAUUGAACCGAACCUGUAGAGCUAUGCAACAGAGGAUUGUGGAACUUAUCUCCCGAGUGUCCAAUGAAGAAGUCACGGAGGAACUGCUGCAUGUGAAUGAUGAUUUAAAUAACGUCUUCCUCAGAUAUGAGAGGUUUGAACGGUACAGAUCAGGCCGUUUGGCACAAAGCGCCACUAAUGGAGUGCUGAGUGAAGUGACGGAGGAUAAUUUAAUAGAUCUGGGCCCUGGUUCCCCAGCUGUUGUAAGCCCAGUGGUGGGGAGCACAGCACCUCCAACUUCACUUUCCUCGCAACUCGCAGGGCUUGACUUGGGCACAGACAGCGUCAGUGGAACACUCAGCUCCCUUCAACACUGUAACCCUCGAGAUGACUUUGACAUGUUUGCACAGACAAGAGGCAGUUCCUUGGCUGACCAACGGAAGAGUGUGACAUAUGAGGAUCCACAGGCUGUCAAAGGACUGGCAUCUGCUCUGGAUGUUCGAAAACAGAACACAGGAGGGAGGAGAGGUAAAGGUGGGAGCUCAGACAUGGAGCCCAUAGACAAGUGGCUAAUUACACAAGGAAUGAUCCCCGUUGCACAGUCCUCUGUCAUGGAUGACAUUGAGGAGUGGCUCAGUACCGACUUGAAAGGAGAAGAACUGGAAGAAGGCGUGACAAGUGAAGAGUUUGACAGAUUUUUAGAAGAACGAGCCAAAGCUGCCGAGACGGUCCCAAAUUUACCUUCUCCUCCGCUGGAGGCCCCCACCCCUCCUACGAAUCCUUCAGGCAGGAAGAAGCAGGAGCGCUCAGAGGAUGCCCUCUUCGCACUGUAAAGAGCACUCCUGGCGACCAUC